UUAAUCUUGGAAAUUUAAAAUUUGAUUUCUUGUUUUCAAUAUGCAAACAAUUUUGAAAACCAUUUUGCAAAAAAGUAUUGAAUUAACCCUUAACGUCUUCAAGCAUUUAUAUUGUCUUCUAUAAAGUUCUUGGUUGGAGAAAAUAUAUUCAUUUCAUUUUUCAUGUAAGUGGGUGCUUAGACUGAUUUUUUAUUUUACACUUUUUAUUGCAAAGGAUGUUGAUCAGUUCGAGAAGUCCUCAAAACCCACAAACUCAGGUGCUUCUCUUGGCUUGAGACACAGGACCACAUACUCUGAAGUCCGAUCGCAAUCCUCAUUUGCAAUUGUUUUUGGUGAAAAGAUGGAGGAUAAGGAAUGAGAGAUUGUAUGGUAGUGAAAGCAUUUGAUAAAGAAUUAUCAACCAUGGGUCAUUGUGGUCGCCGAAAAAUGAGAGCUAAUACACAGUUAUCACAAGUGGAAAGAAAAGAUCGAUCAUCAUCAGGACGAUUUCCUGUUGAGUGCCCUAGUGGCCUCUCUUGUAAAAUUGAUAAAUCUACUUACUCAAAUGGUGACCAUAAGGGCAGAGCUUUUUCCACUUAUUCUUCCUUCCGCAGUGGGGGUAGCCUGUCCAACUGUUUUACUGACAAGAAGGAUGCAUUUGAGGUUCCACCAUCAAAAUUUUCAAGGCAUAAGAAGGGACUGACCCUUGUGCUCCUUGAUGAGGAUGAAAUUGAAGAGUCAACUGUGGGAGCUGUAGAGAUAACAAAGCAAGCAAACAAGCUUGCUGAAUGUGAGUGGGAUGCUAUGAUCAACUACCCAUCGAGGGAUGACCCAGAAUCUGUUGAAAUUUCUUACAAGGAUAUAGAUCACCUUGCUCCUGAAGCUUUUCUGACAUCUUCAAUUAUGAACUUUUACAUUCGGUAUUUACAGCAGCAAUCAUCCCCGACAAAUAGGGCCAUAUGGGAUUGCCAUUUUUUCAACACAUAUUUUUACCAGAAACUCAAGGAGGCUGUAUCACACAAGGGCAGUGAAAAGGAUUCUUUUAUCAAGUUCCGGAGGUGGUGGAAGGGUGUCAAUAUAUUUCAGAAGGCAUAUAUAUUUAUUCCUAUACAUGAAGAUCUUCAUUGGAGCUUGGUGAUUAUCUGUAUCCCAGACAAGGAAGAUGAAUCAGAGCCAAUUUUACUUCAUUUGGAUUCCUUGGGUCUUCACUCAAGCAAGUCAAUUUUUGGUAACAUCAGAAGCUAUCUUAAAGAAGAAUGGAACUUUUUGAAUCUAGAAAUUUCUCCUUCAGAUAUUCCAAUUCCUGAAAGAAUAUGGAGACAUCUUCCUAGUUGUAUUGAUGAGCGAAAAAUUGUGGUUCCCCAACAAAAAAAUGAUUAUGAUUGUGGUCUCUUUGUACUUUUCUUUAUGGAGCGCUUCAUUGAAGAGGCCCCAGAAAGGCUGAAGAGGAAAGACCUUGCAAUGUUUGGAAAGCGAUGGUUUAAAGCUGAAGAGGCCUCGGGUUUGAGAGUGAAAAUACGGAAUUUACUUGAGAAAGAAUUUCAAGUUGCCAGAGAGAGCUGUCGUAGUAGGGAAUCGUCGUCAUCUUCAGGUGGUGCUGUAGGCUGAAACUGACUUAAUUUUGCUGGUGGAUAUGGUGUGCGACAAUGUUGAGACUGUAUAAAUGAUUCAACUUUUUGGCUUCUCUCCUUCUGUGAAGAAUUAAUAGCCAAUGAAUUGUGUAAAAAGUUUUGGCAAUUAAUUCUGAAUAAGCUGUAAAAUCAGUCCAAAAGCAUCAUCAUGACAGUAAAUGUGAAGGCUGGUAUUCGGACAAUCACUGGUGGUUCAUACUCUUCAAUCGCCUCAGCAGCUUUAUAGGAGCAAAAAAUACUGCAGAUAGCCAGUGAUGGUGGUUUUAUAACUUCUUGAUAGGUCUGAGGGUUUUAAAUUUACAAUUCUUUUCCCUUUCUUAGGAAGAUGCUAAGAGAGGUUCGGUUUAUUAUAUCUGAGCUGAAAUCAAUUUCAAUGUAAUGCCCGUCCAGAAAUUUCCAGUCAGAGAAGGAAAUGUCAAUUUUCAUGUGGACGAAA